AUGAUGCAUCCUCAAGUCCUCGUUUCAGGCCUCUUACUCCUUCUCCCAGUGGCUGUGGAUUCUUUCCCAGAAGUCCCUGGAGUGGUGGGCAACCCUGUGACACUGCCAUGUUCUUAUCCAGUGUCUGAUGGGAUCUCCUCCAUGUGUUGGGGCCGAGGGGAAUGUGGGGAUACAUGCGGACAGACACUCAUCUUGACCGAUGGACACAGAGUCUACUAUCGGACAGACCGUCGCUACCAGCUGAAGGGGCAGCUUCUUCAAGGAGAUGUGUCCUUGACCAUAGAGAAUGCCACUGAGAGGGACAGUGGGCUCUACUGUUGUCGAGUGGAGAAGAAGGGAUGGAAUGGCAUACAGAGACUGACGGCCUCACUAAAAGUUCAGCCGGUUUACACUGAAACUGUGACAUCUUCACAUCACCCUUGGAAUAAUCACACUGAAGAGAUCCCAACACCCCGCCCCCUGGUGAUCCCCACUAAGGGCCUCUACAUCGGAAUCUCCAUGUCUGUUGGGCUGUUGCUUCUCACAGGCAUCCUGAUGAUCUUAAAGUGCAGACACACGAGAAAGAAGAGGAAGCCAGAGGUCGACUCUCUUUUCCGCUCGGUCGUCUUCCAUGCUUAUAUGAAUGAAGCUUUCGAGAGUACACUGCAACUCCCCACCGAAGAUAUAGUCUACACGAUUGAAGACAAUUUCUACGCCAGGAUAAACUCCCAGUGGCCCUCUAAGUUGACAACAUUCCAAGUCUGCAGAUGA